AUGCUGUCCACGCUCAGGAGGAAGCUCGGCAGAAUGCUCGUCAAACUAGUCGGCAUUGAUGUCGAGUACAUGCACUACAUGAAGCCACAACGGGCAGCAGUGCUCCAACUAUGCAUAGAACAAGAGUGCCUUGUCUACCACAUCUCUGCAGCUAAAGACAUGCCAAUGGAACUGGAAAAAUUCCUCAUGAAUGAUGAAUACACCUGCGCCGGAUUCACCAUUGAAGUAGACAAAAAUAAGUUGAAGCUAUCUGGCUUGGAGAUCAACUCUGAUAACUACAUUGAUAUUCAAGUGGAAUGGAGAGACCCAUACAAGAAAAAUAAAUUUGACUCUUUAGCUGAUGCUGCCGGCAGGCUGAUCAACAUUCACUACUAUGACAUGAAGAACAAAAUCAACAGCGAUGAGGACCAUACUCUAUGGGUGUUUUGCCCGCUACUAGACAAGCUUAUCAAAUAG